GUCUCAGGUCGAGUGUCCAUCUUGACACCGACCACUGCGUCCAGAGCGCGUUUUCAUGAGCAACUGUGGCAGUGUUUCGUCGAUCAAUCCUGGCCAGACAAGGAGCUGGUCGUAGUGGAGACCUACACCAAGAAGGAGAAACCCUCCGAGGUUUUUACCAAACUGCUCAAGGCAAAGGAGAAGCGGCUCAAAUAUCUUGGAAUUCAAGUGGACGAGAACGAUGACCUCACAGUAGGCGCCAAAAGAAAUAUGACGGUGCUCAUGUGCAGUGGACAGUACUGUGUAAACUUUGAUGAUGAUGACUUGUAUGCCACAGUCUAUGUGGAGCGCAUGGUGAAUGAACUUAGACAGAGAAGUUUGGUCGCGCUGACCCUUUCUGCAUGGCACAACUUCUUCGAGUCCAACUGUCGAUGUGGAUAUUCCACUCCGGCGUGCUGGGAGCCGGAGGAUGAGGAAGAAUACGAGGGCAUCCUCUAUGGCUAUGGCUUUAGCUAUGUUUACCUCCGAGCGUUAGCGCUUUCUUUUCCAUAUCCCAACUUAGGGUUCGCAGAGGAUGCACCCUUCAUGUUGAAGCUUCGAGAGAAGAUGGGUGCUGGCCGUGUAGGGCUCAAAGAAGAUAUGGAGGGCCUUUGCCUGCACAUAGUACAUCCCAGCAGCAGCACACCAGACCCAGAGAUUGAGACAAUGCUUACGGAGGACGAAUUAAAUGUCCCUGAGCUGCAAGAUGUGAUGGAGAUUUAUAGCCAACUACAUCCAAUUAGCCUGAUCCGUGGAGACUCCGCCCGGCAAUGGCCGGAAGCAUCGCUAUUCUUUGGAGUGGCGGCGGUGAGGUGGGCCUCGGGCCUCGCGGAGCUGGACCCGCCGCUGCCCAGCAGCGCUGCGGCGUACCUCUUCGAGGGCAUCGACGCGCUGAGGGACGGGCAUCUGACGCCACCGGAGCUGCAAGGCACCUUGGACAUUGGACAACUUUUCCAAAGUCAAGAGGCUUUGAGGAAGGUGCUGCAUUGGGACAAAGCAACCAUGCAGCAUCAUGCAAAGGCAUCCAGCUGGAUCCACGAUGCCAGGCCCCACUGGCAGCAAAGUGGGGAUGAUAAGGUGGUGAAAGGUCCCGCAGAGAAGAGCGUGAAGGAUAGUCAGAAGCUCCCGUUGGUUCAGAGUAUGCUUGGUGCGUUCCUGACAGCCAGUGAUGCUUUUGACAGCAUGGACCAGGAUCAUAGCGAUGAUGCGUCCGUCAUGGAGUUCAAAGAGACCUUGGCACAUUUCCAGCCGCCCAUCAGUGGCUUCCAAGCGGAACAGGCCUUUCGCAAUUUGGACCGCGAUGGCAAUGGCAAGGUCUCGCGAGCUGAAUUUGCUGUCUUGAACGCUGCAAUGCCCACAGGUGGCAGCUUAAAUCAGAACAUGCAGCAGCUGAUGUCGAAGGCGGAAGAGGAGUUUCGAAAGCAGGCGUCCAAAUGGGCUGGGGGCAUGAAGCAGGCCUGCAUCCAGCUGGGAACGCAGGUGUCUUUCCAACACUUUCAGUCAGCCAUCCGAUCCUUUGAACCCUUGCUUUCCGCAGAGGUGGCUCAGGCUGUCUUCAAUCAGAUGGACAGCAACCACGAUGGCUUCAUCGAUGAAAACGAGUGCCAUUUGUCCCUGAAGGACUUCCGCAAGACGAUGUCCAGCUCCAAUUCCUUGCGCAACACGUUCGUGGCUGCGGAUCAAGACAACGACCAUCAGCUAUCAGAGGAGG